AGAGCGCUUCCGUCCCCCGCGGUUCUCUUCCUUUCCCACCCAACUACGGAAGCGGACCUGAGCUGCGAUGAUGAACAAGAUGAGGAGGAGGAACUAAGGCUGUUAGACUCCGCCUCUCGCUGCAAUAAAUUCACCUUCUGACUCACGCUUCGCUUAUUCCUCAGAGCCUCUUCUCCACUGCAGCUGCUACUAGUACCGCAGCCAUGGUGCUAAAUCCUGUCAUCAAGAAGCUGAUCAACGAGAGAGUGGUGCUAGCCAGCGCUUCUCCGCGCCGGCAGGAGAUUCUAACCAACGUGGGCCUCCGAUUUGAAGUUGUUCCCUCCUGGUUCAAAGAGACACUUGAGAAGUCAUCCUUUGCAGCUCCUUAUGAAUAUGCUGUAGAAACUGCAAAACAAAAGGCACUUGAAGUGGCGAACAGAAUGCAUCUUAAACAUCUUAGAACGCCUGAUGUUGUUAUAGGAGCAGAUACUAUAGUGACAAUAGAAGAACAGAUUUUGGAGAAACCUGUGGACAAGCAAGAUGCAUAUAAGAUGCUUUCAAGGUUGAGUGGCAAGGAGCACAGUGUUUUCACAGGUGUUGCAAUUGUUCAUUGCAGCAGUAAAGAUAAUCAGCUACAGACUGAAGUCACAGAUUUCUAUGAAGAAACCAAAGUUAAAUUUUCUGCACUUUCUGAGGAACUCUUAUGGGAAUAUAUUCACAGUGGUGAGCCCAUGGAUAAAGCUGGUGGAUAUGGGAUCCAGGCACUUGGGGGAAUGUUAGUGGAAUAUGUUCAUGGAGACUUCCUCAAUGUGGUGGGAUUUCCUUUGAAUCACUUCUGCAAAAAGUUAGCAGAAUUAUAUUAUCCACCCCCAAAGCACACCAUCCAUCAUAUAAAGCAUGACUCUAUCCCUUCAGUAGAAACUUUUGAGAUGCUAAGUGAUGGGGAAUGUGACUCUUCAGAUAACGGGCAGUUUGAAGAUGCAAAAAAGCAAAACAGUGGGGGAGUUUCCCACAGCCUGGGAAUGUGCAUAAACAGCAGUCAUACUUACAACAUACCUGUGGAAAGUCAGAAUGGAGUAAUAGAAAACACAACACGAUUCCCAUCUGAACUUACACAUCUUCUGGAUGGUUUCAGAGCAUCAAAGGCUUUGUUUGUGGCAUGUAAGCUGAAAGUAUUUGAUCUUCUCAAAGAUAAGGGCACAAUGACAGCAGUAGAAGCUGCUAAUCAACUUAAUACCUCAGUUUGUGGCACCGAAAGAUUACUUGAUGCCUGUACUUCUCUUGGCCUAUUGGAAAAGAACUAUAAAGGCUACAGCAAUGCAGAUUUGACAAAUUUAUAUCUAGUAUCAGAUGGUGAAUACUCCCUUCAUGAUUAUGUUCUCUAUUGUAAUGACCACAUGUGGCCUCUGUAUACACAUUUGGAGUUGGCAGUCAAAGAGGGGACUUCACAGAAACAUAGAACAUUUGGGAAGAAAGCAGAAGAUUUUUUUCAGGAUUUCUGUUGCCAAACUACAGAGGCAAAGCAGCAUUUUAUGAGUGCCAUGCACAGCAUUUCCAAACUGACAGCAAGAGAUGUAGCUGUGGCUUUUGACCUUUCACAGUUCAGAGCUGUAUGCGAUUUAGGAGGUUGCACGGGAGCUUUAGCCUAUGAACUGGUCCACAUCUAUCCAGAAAUGAGAGUCACUGUGUUUGACCUUCCAGAUAUUGUCACAAAUGUCUCCAACUUUCAGCCUUCAAGACAAAACCCAGCUCAAAUAUCCUUCACAUCAGGUGACUUUUUCAAAGAUAAUCUCCCAGAAGCAGACCUUUAUAUUCUUUCACGAGUGCUACAUGACUGUUCUGAUGAAAAGGUUUCUAUACUAUUAAGCAAAAUUUUUGCUAUUUGCAAGCCAGGAAGUGCUUUGUUAGUAGGAGAAAUUGUGCUUGAUGAGAAACGAACAAGCCCUGCUAGAGCUGUCUUACAGUCUCUCAGUAUGACGGAAGGCAAGCAGAGAAGCGGUCUGGAGUACGAACAGUUAUUGGAGAAACAUGGAUUCAUCAGUGUGCAGAUGAAGAUAACAGGAAACCUGUUAGAUGUAAUUUUGUGUUUUAAGAAAACAUCUAUCCAUUAAAUUAGGUGGCACAUAAUUGGAGCAAGUGAUUUGAUUUAUUGCCACCAGAUAUUUCUGUUUGGUGGUUGCACUAAUGAUCUUUUCCAGUGUGAACUGUACAUAAAAACUUACCCUACUCUUGUUGAUUAAAACAAUACUAAGAAAAUCA